ACUGUGUGUGUGUGUGUGUGUGUGUGUGUGUGUUAGGGGGCCCAGUGUGAAGCGGUCCUCAGGUAUGGAGCGCUCUCAGAGCAGCACCUGGGAUUCCUCCGAGGAGAACAGGACCAAACUGCAGAAAGCUGCGUCCACCUCCAGACUGCUGAACAAGGUGGUGAAGACCGCCGAGAGACACAGAGACCCUGUGGUUAGUCAAGCCAAAAUAUCGACUCGAGAGAAAAACAGCCAAGCUGAGGGGAAUCACAUUAAGAUGUUCAUGAGAGGACGACCAAUCACCAUGUUCAUUCCAUCAGACGUGGAGAGCUACGAGGACGUUCGGACGGAGCUUCCUUCAGAAAGACUCAAGCUGGAAUGGGUGUACGGUUACCGCGGCAGAGACUGCAGAGCAAAUGUGUUUCUCCUUCCAACCGGAGAAAUGGUUUACUUUGUGGCAUCAGUCGUCGUUCUGUUUAACUACGAAGAACGGACUCAGAGACAUUACCUCGGACACACCGACUGCGUCAAAUGUCUGGCCAUCCAUCCCGAUAAGAUCCGGAUAGCUACGGGACAGAUUGCAGGAGUAGACAAAGACGGACGGGCGCUGCAGCCUCACGUCCGGAUCUGGGACUCCGUCAGUCUUUCUACGCUGCAGGUCAUCGGGUUGGGAACGUUCGAGCGGGGCGUCGGAUCUCUGGCUUUCUCUAAAGCUGACUCGGGGCAGCACCUCAGUGUUGUUGACGACUGUAACGACCACAUGCUGACGGUGUGGGAGUGGCAGAAGAAGUCAAAGAUCGCUGAGAUCAAGAGCACUAACGAGGUGGUUCUGGAGGUGCAGUUCCACCCCACCGACCCCCACACCAUCGUCACCUGCGGGAAGUCCCACAUCUUCUUCUGGACCUGGAGCGGGACCUCUCUGGCCCGGAAACAGGGCAUCUUCGGGAAGUACGAGAAGCCGAAGUUCAUCCAGUGUCUGGUGUUCCUGAGCUGUGGAGACAUCCUGACUGGAGACUCAGGGGGGGUCUUACUGGUCUGGACCCGCAGCGCUUCGGAGACCCCCCCCAGCAAGGGCCCCCGAGCGUUUCAGAUCAGCCGGCAGGUCAAGGCUCAUGAAGGCAGUGUGUUCUGUGUGUGCGAGACGAGGAGCGGCAGCCUGCUGACCGGGGGGGGGAAGGACCGGAAGAUCAUCCUGUGGGACCAGGAAGUGAGAGCAGAGCGGGACAUGGAGGUCCCGGAUCAGUACGGAACCAUCCGAGCGGUUUCUGAGGGGAAGGGGGACGAGAUCCUGGUGGGAACGUCUCGUAACUUCAUCCUCAGAGGAACCUUUAACGACGGCUUCCUGGUGGAGGUCCAGGGACACACUGACGAGCUGUGGGGUCUGGCCUCCCACCCUUCCAGAGGGAUGUUUCUGACCUGCGCUCAGGACCGGCUGGUCUGCCUCUGGAGCGCCGAGGAGCAUCGCCUGCAGUGGAGCCGCUCGCUGGAGGAACACGGACACUGUGCAGACUUCCAUCCCAGCGGAGCCGUGGUUGCUAUAGGGACACAUUCAGGAAAGUGGUACGUCCUGGACGCAGACACCACAGACCUGGUGUCUAUCCACACGGAUGGUAACGAGCAGCUGUCAGUGAUGCGCUUCUCUGUCGAUGGCGCUCUGUUGGCGGUUGGAUCUCACGAUAACCUUAUUUACCUCUACACCGUCUCCGAGAGAGGACGCAAGUACAGCCGAUACGGGAAGUGCUCGGGACAUUCGAGCUACAUCACACACCUGGACUGGUCACCUGACAACAACUUCAUCAUGUCCAACUCGGGAGACUAUGAGAUCCUGUACUGGGACGUUCCAAACGGCUGUAAGCUGAUCAGAAAUCGCUCCGAGUGCAAAGACAUCGACUGGGCCACCUACACCUGCGUACUGGGGUACCACGUGUUCGGUGUUUGGCCCGAGGGUUCAGACGGCACCGACAUCAACGCUCUGAUCAGAUCUCACAACAGGAAGGUGAUCGCUCUGGCAGACGACUUCUGUAAAGUUCACCUGUUCGCCUACCCAUGCUCCACCCCCAAGGCUCCCAGCCAUAAGUACAGCGCUCACAGCAGUCAUGUGACCAACGUGAGCUUCCUGUAUAACGACAGUCACCUGGUCUCCACGGGGGGGAAAGACACCAGCAUCAUGCAGUGGCGCCUGGUGGAAAGACCCGCCCUCUCCCUCCCUGACGGACAGCUAUCUAACUCCGCCCCUGACUUCAUCCCGCCCCCUCUAUCAGUGACCACGCCCACACAGGAACCCAUCUCUGCCCCAACAGCCAAUGGGACCCAGGACCCCUACCCAGACAGCCCGCCCCCCUCAGCUCUGACCCCGCCCCCCUCUGACAGCAGUGUGAGUCUGAAGGACAGCCUGGAUCCGAGCGACGACACGGCAACGCCCAGCGACGAGGGGCUGCCCCCCCUCACCUCUUAAUAGUGUGUGUGACUGUUGGUACAGCUAUCUUUGUGAGGACCAGCCAGACGUUGUGAUUGGACAUUCAGUGUAUGUGUGUGACCUCGGGUAACUUUUUCUCCAAUCAGAGCAGAGCAGUAAGACAGGAAGUGGACCUGAAGUCUUAAAUGAGUUUCAGAAACUGGUUCUCUUUACAUGUUGUUUUAGAAAUACUGGGACAUUGCUGUUUAUGUGACGUAGAAGUAGCUGCAGGAAGUUUAAAACAGGAAACUGAUUCUCUCCUUUGACUGGACUUUGUUGGGCUUUUAUUUUGUUAAACUGCCACAUUUUUAUAGACAUUUCACAAUAAAAGCCCUCAAGGGAAGGGACAGAACUACGGGAGGCUUUUAAUGUGAAACAUGCAGGAAACAUGAACCACACCCAGAAGCAUGCUGGGAACAUUUGAACACGUCCGGCCAGUGGACGCAGGGGGGCCUUCAGAGUAAAGCGCCACCUGAAGGAGCUCCAGAGAAGCUGUGAUAGGUGAUUUAAUGUCAGUUUGUAUAUGCUGCAGAGAUCUGUGUGUAUAUUUCUGUUACCACCAGGGGGCAGCAGCUCCUCAGCUACACUGUAAAAACCACAUUCAACUCUCGCAUCUCUCAGCCAAUUAGGGGCCAGGACAGCUGCUCCUCUCUGAUUGGCUGGUUUUCAGUGACUGAUUGAGUGACUGCUGAUCUGUGUUUCUUAUGGACCAUCUCUGUUUAUUGUUCUGAAUGCCAUCACCCCACGGGGUUUUCAUUAAUGUUUUGCCUUUUUAAUACUUUUUAUCUUUAUAUCUCCAUCUCAUAUCUCCAUCUUUGAUUUGUCCAUUUACUUAUAUUUUAUAUCUUUAACCUUUAUAUCUCCAUCUUCCAUGUCAUCAUUUUUUCUAAUCUGCCCUCUGGGGUUGCGGGGUUAUGUGAGGGGGGGAGGGGCGGUGACGCGAUUGGUGGGAUCUGUCUGUUAUUUCACAGUGUUCGGUAACCAUGACAACGUUCAUGUGACUGUUUUGAGCCAAUCAUGUCUUCUCAAAUGCAGACUGUACUGAAGAUUUCAACAAAAAAAAUGCAAAUAAAUGUUAAAAACGGA